CUGGAGAGAAACCCUAUGAAUUGAAUGAAUCCAUUCAUGAGGCAGAGCCCUCAUGACACAGUCACCUCUUCAAGGCCCCACUUUUGAAUACUGACACAUUGGGGAUGAAGUUUCAGUAUGAGUUUUGGAGGGGACAAACAUUCAAACCUAGCAGUGGCCAAUCAGGACUCAAUGAUCUUUGAGGAUGUGGCCGUGAACUUUACCCAGGAGGAGUGGGCUUUGCUGGAUCCUUCCCAGAAGAAACUCUACAGAGAUGUGAUGUGGGAAAUCAUCAGGAACCUGAUGUCUGUAGGAAUAAAAUGGGAAGACCGGAACACUGAAGAUCAGUACAAAAAUUCCAGGAGAAAUCCAAGAAAUCAUAUAGCAGAGAGACUCUGUGAAUGUAAAGAUGGUCAAUGUAGAGAAACUUUCAGCCUGAUUCCAGACGGUAUAACGAACAAGACUCUUCCUGGGGUAAAACCAUGUGAAAGCAGUGUGUGUGGAGAAGGCAACAUGGAUUAUUCAUCUCUGAAUUGCUACAUCAGAGCUGACAUUGGACACAAACCAUAUGAGUGUCAGGAACAUGGAGAGAAGUCACAUAAAUAUAACCAGUGUGUAAAAACCUUCAGUUGCCUCCAUUCCUUCCAAACACAUGAAAAGCCUCACACUGGAGAGAAACCCUAUGAUUGUAAGGAAUGGGAAAAAACCUUCGUUUCUCUCCAAACUGUUCGAAGAUACAGGGUAACACACAGUGGAGAUGGACCUUAUAAAUGUAAGUUUUGUGGGAAAGCCUUUGAUAAUCUCAGUUUAUAUCUCACACAUGAAAGAUCUCAUACUGGACAGAAGCCAUAUGAAUGUAAUGAAUGUGGGAAAGCCUUUGGUUUUCCCAGCUCCUUUCAUAGACAUGAAAGAACGCACACCGGGGAGAAACCAUAUGAAUGUAAGCAAUGUGGGAAAACCUUUAGUUGUUCCAGUUCUAUUAAAAAACAUGAAAGAAUCCACACUGGAGAGAAGCCCUAUGAAUGCAAGCAAUGUGGGAAAGCCUUCGCUUCUUCCAAUUCCUUUCAGUAUCAUGAAAGGACUCACACUGGAGAGAAACCCUAUGAAUGUAAGCAAUGUGGGAAAGCCUUUAAUUGUUCCAGUUCCAUUAGAAAACAUGCAAGAAUUCACACUGGAGAGAAACCCUAUAUAUGUAAACAAUGUGGUAAAGCUUUUAGAUUUCCCAGUUCUAUUAAAAAUCAUGAAAAGACUCACACUGGAGAGAAACCCUAUGAAUGUGAGGAAUGUGGGAAAGCCUUCAGAUAUUCCAGUUCACUUCGAGUACAUAAAAGAAUUCACACUGGAGAGAAGCCAUAUGAAUGUGAGGACUGUGGGAAAGCCUUCAGUCAUCCCACGACCUUUCAUAGACAUAAAAUUACCCACACUGCAGAGAAACCUUAUGAAUGUCAGGAAUGUGGGAAAGCCUUCCGUUAUCCCAUUGCUUUUCGUAGACAUAAAAUUACCCACACUGCAGAGAAACUUUGAGUGUAAGGAAUGUGGAAAAGCCUUCUGUUAUCACAGUUCCCUUCAAAGACACGAAAGGACUCACAAUGGAGAAAAGUUGUAUGGAUAUAAAAAAUGUAAAGCCGGCUGGGCAUGGUGGCUGAAACCUGUAAUCCCAGCACUUUGGGAGGCCAAGGCAGGCGGAUCAUGAGGUCAAGAGAUUGAGACCAUCACAGCCAACAUGCAGAUUGAGAGAUCAGAUGGGAGAAAGGCUUGACUAUGUCGCCAGCAGCCUCAUGCCAAAUUCCUGAUCCCCGGAGGACAGUCAGAGCCCCCCCUCCUGCUCCAAGGCCAGGAGAUGGCGCCACUGGACGCUGACAGACACCCACAGACGUGUCUGUAGCAUCCUCUGUCACACUGGGACCCGUACUGGCAGCAGGAGCCAUAGAGAGGACUGGAACACCUGGAAGCCAGGAAUUGGGUAGAUUUUUCUCCAUCCCUUUACUUCAAGCCUAAGGGUGUCAUUGCAUGUGACAUGGGUCUCUUGAAGACAGCAUACCAUUGGAUCUUGCUUUUUUAUCCAAGUUGCCACUGUGCCUUUUUUUAUUUAUUUUUUUGAGAUGGAGUCUUGCUCUGUCGCCCAGGCUGGAGUGCAGUGGCACAAUCUCGGCUCACUGCAAGCUCCGCCUCCUGGGUUCACGCCAUUCUCCUGCCUCAGCCUCUCCAAGUAGCUGGGACUACAGGCACCCGCCACCACGCCCGGCCAAUUUUUUUUUUGUAUUUUUAGUAGAGACAGGGUUUCACCGUGGUCUCGAUCUCCUGACCUUGUGAUCCGCCUGCCUCAGCCUCCCAAAGUGCUGGGAUUACAAGCGUGAGCCACCGCGCCUGGCCUCCACUGUGCCUUUUGAUUGGGGCAUUUAGCCUGCUUACCUUCCAGGACUCAGUGACCUUUGAGGAUGUGGCUGUGAACUUCACCCAGGAGGAGUGGGCUUUGCUGGAUCCUUCCCAGGAGAAUCUCUACAGGGAUGUGAUGCAGGAAACCUUCAAGAACCUGAUGUCUGUAGGAAUAAAAUGUGAAGACCAGAUCAUUGAAGAUCAGUACAAUAAUUCUAGAAGAAAUCUAAGAAGUCAUAUGGUAGAGACAGUCUGAAGGUAAGGAAGAUGGUCAAUGUGAAGAAAUCUUCAGCCUUAUUCCAAAUGGUAUAGUGAAGAGGGCUUUUACUGGAGUCAAAUCGUAUGAAAGUAGUGUGUGGAGAAGGCAAUAUGGAUCAUUCAUCUCUUAAUUGCUACAUCAGAGCUGACACUGGACACAAAUCAGAUGAGUGCCAGGAACAUAGAAGCCACAUAAGCAAUGUGUGAAAACAUUCAGCUAUUGCCACUCCUUUCAAACACAUGAAAGGCCUCACACUGGAAAGAAACUCCAUGUAAGAAAUGUGGAAAAACCUUCAUUUCUGUUCAAACCUUUUGAAGACACAUGGUAAUGCACAGUGAAGAUGAACCUUAUAAAUGUAAGUUUUGUGGGAAGGCCUUUGAUAAUCUACAUUUAUAUCUUACACAUGAAAGAACUCACACUGGAGAGAAACCUUAUGAAUGUAAACAAUGUGGUAAAUCCUUUGGUUAUGCUGCUACCCUUUGAGAGCACAAAAGAACUCACACUGGAGAGAAACCCUGUGAAUGUAAUAAAUGUGGGAAAGCCUUCAGUUGUUCCAGUUCCAUUCGAAAACAUGCAAGAAUUCACACUGGAGAGAAACCCUAUAUAUGUAAACAAUGUGGCAAAGCCUUUAGAUAUUCCAGUUCUGUUCAGAAUCAUGAAAACACUCACACUGGUGAAAAACCCUAUGAAUGUAAGCAAUGUGGGAAAGCCUUUAGUUAUUCCAGUUACUUUCGAAUACAUGAAAGAAUUCACACUGGAGAGCAGGUGUAUAAAUGUAAGCAAUGUGGAAAAACAUUCACUUAUCCCAGUGCCUUUCAUAAACAUAAAAGUACCCACACUUCACAGAAACUUUAUGAAUGUAAGGAAUGUGGGAAAGCAUUUGUUUUAGUUCCUUUCAUAGUCAUGAAGGGAUUCACACUGGAGAGAAACCCUAUGAAUGCAGAACAUGUGGAAAAACCUUCAGUAGUUCUAAGUACUUAAAAAUACAUGGAAGAACUCACACUGGAGAGAAGUCCUAUGCAUGUAAAGAAUGAGGGAAAGUAUUUUAUUGUCUCAGUCCUCUUCAAAGACAUGAAAGGACUCACAUCAGAGAAAAGUUGUCUGAAUGUAAAAAAUGUAAUAAAGCCUUCCAUUCGCCCAGUACCAUUAGAAACCAUGAAAGAACUCACACUUAAGAAAACCACAGUGAUGUUAGGAAUAUGGG